AUGGAUAAAUCAGCUGUCAUGAAUCAAGAAUCCGGCACUGGUCUUACGGUCGUAUUGCGUACCGAUGGAAAAAGAUGGGUUGGCUCGCAUAUUCGUUGUGCAGAUAAUUGCCCUGACGACAACCCAGCUUUUAAAAGACAACCGCUACACAUCUCGCCUCGGGGAAGUGUUGGUUCACGCAGAAUGAGCAAUCUUGGGGAUAUUCCUCUUCCGGUGAACCCUUCGGCAGAAGCUACUAUAUGGUCACCAUCAACAUCGACGGCGGCGAGUGAUUCCUUUGGCAAUGGCGCUACUAAUCCGGCAACAAAUCUCUCGAGCAUGCAAGAGUACCCAUGGAUGGCCUCAGCAUUUGGUAUGAUGCAUCCUCAACCACCAUCUCGUUUUCAUGAGUCUCCCGAUAAAGCUGCAUUUGGCAGGAUGCAGCCUCAACCACCAUCUCGUUUUCAUGAGUCUCCUGAUAAAGCUGCAUUUGGCAUGACGCAGCCUCAACCACCAUCUCGUUUUCAUGAGUCUCCUGAUAAAGCUGCCAGCUUUUACAAUCCAUAUUCAACGAUGCCUUGGCAGCGACAAACGCCUCCUGGUUAUAAUGGAGCUUGGAAUCAACAGAAUCAGAACAACUAUCAGCAGCAAUGGAAUCGUAAUGGCUCAAACUACGGCAACAAUUUUCAACAACAAUGGGGUCCACAGCAAAGUUCCGUGUCGCAAUCGACGAAUAGUUUCAAGCCUUUCAAGCUCGGAAUGAAGCCUUUAUCAAGCAACUUUAUUCCCAGUCAAGCUGCGGGACCUAUUCAAAAUGAGAACGGAGGCGGUUUUGGUGGCGCUCCAGAAAAUGUCAAGCGCUACAUUCAGCGGGCGCGCAUGGCCAUCGAGCAACGUGAUGAAGGCAAACUGACGGAAUAUCUGAAGAAACGUUUGCAUCCGUUGAUCAACUCGGGAGCUGUUCGGAUGAUUAAUUGGGAUAUUGAACCUUUGCCUCACGAAGUUAACUUCGAAAUCAAAUCUACAUGGACACCAGUCAGCCAACUUCAGGGUUUUAUGCCCGAAAAGUCACACGGACGAUCAAAAAGACCUUAUGCUUAUGGCUCCGCCGAAAAGAGCUCUGAAAAUGUUCCGCAUCCGAAGAAAAAGUCCCAGAAAAAGCCAGUCGCAAGAGGGGAAAGUCAAUCACAUAGUGCUGAUAUUUACAAAGCCAGUCCACAAAACCAGAAAGUUAAAAAAGUUCAAAAAUGGAAUCUUUCCGUCAGUGAUGCCAAGAAGAAUGAAAGGGCUUUACGGUUUGCUGAAAAGAGCAAGAAAACAACAGCACCUGCAGCGAUUGAUACUGGAUCAGAACUACGAAAUUUUCUUGUUAGAGGAACUUGUCAAACGGUCGAAAAAGCUUUCUUCAGAUUAACUGCGGCGCCUGACCCAUCGCAAGUUCGUCCAUUGGAAGUGUUGCAAAAAGCUCUCGAGCUAGUGAAGAAAAAGUAUCGGGGUGGCGCCGAAUAUUCUUAUCUUUCGAGUCAGUUGAGGAGUAUUCGCCAAGAUCUAACGGUGCAACGCAUCAGGAAUUUGUUUACUGUGACAGUAUAUGAAACGCAUGCUCGAAUCUGCCUUGAAAAUAAGGAUCGCGAGGAAUUUAAUCAAUGUCAGAAUCAAUUGAAAGCCUUGUACAAAACUGUGGACAAUGCCCCUCACAAAGAUGAAUUUACGGCAUACCGUUUACUCUAUUUUGUUUACAUGCAAAACUCCACGGACAUUCUAACAUUACUGAAAGAAACCAAGACUGCUCAUAAUGGUGAUAAGUGCAUGAUGUACGCUUUAAAAGUGCGCGAAGCUUGGGCACGUCAAUAUUAUCCACGAUUGUUCAAAUUGUAUUGUGAGGCACCAAAAAUGUGUGGAUACAUCAUGGAUAUGUUUGUCGAACGGGAGCGAAAGAUCUUUAUGAAUCACAUUCUGAAAGCGCAUCGCACUUCAAUCUCCGUCGAUGUGUUGAGUAAAUGGAUGGGUCUUGCAGAGAAGGAGUUAAUCGAAUGGCUUACUUCUUUUGACAUUUCACUGCAAGAUGGAAGCUUAGAUUGCAAAACUUAUGCAAACAAAAAGUUAGAA